UUCAAUUUGCGUUAGCUCAGUGGAAGAAGAAGCAUUGUAUGAAAGAAAAAUAGAAAAUAUGAUGCCAAAAAGUGAAUAAUCAAACUGAUUCGGCCGUAAAAAAACCAAAUAAUAUUGUUGUGUUUGUAUGCGGCGUAGCUGGAAUGUUAGCGCGUUCCACACAUUGUGGCACCUCCAAUCAAUCGCACUCGCAGCCAGUUGAAGACAUUUUUGACAAAGACAUCGCAGCAGCAGAAGCAGCAGUAGCAACAAUCAUCGACAACUGGUCGCGACUUGCGUAGCCGUUGGAGGAAAAAAGUUCCUCUCCCGGUGACCCGCACCACCGAAGCAGAAUACAGAGAGACGAGAGCAAUCCACAGGGACGUCGUUGUGGUUUGACAACAUUGAGUCACACAGCCGAAACAGGAACAGAAUAAGUGGGUAUUACAAAUACACUAGAGAUUGCCCAAGAUGAGCUGCAAGGUGCGGCUAAUGGAGGAUGGGUCACUGGACGAGGAGCCGUUAACAUUAAAGGAGAUCGCUUAUCAGAAGCUUUGCAACAAUCUGGACAUUAUCAGUGGCUAUACGGAAAGCGGUCAACGUACAUUGAAUACAGGCAUUGUACUAACAAAUGAGAUUUGCGAUGCAUUUCUGGAGAACUAUCAACGCUUCCAUAGACCACUUGACGAUAGAGUGAUCAAUCUAUUUAGCGAUACGCGCCGCACAUCGUUAAAGAUUGUGAAUCUGCGAUAUAGCACACUGAGCAGCGUAGGUCUGGAGACGCUGAUGCGUCACAAACUAUUCGCUUUGUCCAUGUGGUACUGCGAUAAGAUCACAGUACAAUCACAUCACCUGCUAGCCCAUUAUGGCGAUAGUUUGCGCUCGUUGGAGCUGGGCAUAAGCUCGCAUCUGUUGCAGAAUGCGGAGCCCAAUGAAAAGGAGCCAGUUGAUUUUCAAUUGACCUGCCCACAUUUGCGCCGUCUGGUGCUCAAUGGCGUUGUCAUGCAUCAUCGAUUGCAGUUUGCUCAUUUGCAGGACCUCAGUCAUUUGGAUCUCACAUCCUGCGUGCUGGCGAACUUCAGUCUAGAGGCACUUGGCAUGCUGCCCAACCUACAUACGCUCAUACUAUUUAAUGUCUGGCCUAUUGCCAAUCAGUUGCAUGCGAUCUGCUGUUUGCGUCGCCUCUGCACUUUGGAUAUUUCAAUAUCGAGUUCGGGCAAUGGUCAUGGCACCUAUGAUCUGCCCGAUCAGACGCUUGUCAUGCUCAUGGAUAAUCUGCGUCAUUUAACACAUUUGGAUAUCUCGGGCACGAAUUUGGCGGGCAAUGGCGUUGCCACCAAGGAGUCGACUAAUGUGAAUGCCAAGACGGAGCAACACUUUGGACCCACCGAUAUACCGGGCUUAGCGUCUCGUACACAGCGUCCGCUACAAUUUCUCGGCCUUUAUCAUACGGCACAUUGGGCGUGCAAGCGACACGAUAUACCCGCCCUGGAGGUGGCAGGCGAUGCCAAUGAACAGCAAAUACUCACAGCGGCGCGUUACUAUCACGACAGACCAGUGCUGCUGACAAGGGUCCUUAAUGAUCUGUAUCAUCUGUUUCGCUUUGAGAAUUACAAGGACAUACACACAGCACUGGAUGUUGUGCUCUGUGCUAUGGACAGGCAUCUAAAAUUCAAGCACAUGCAAAUAUCGGGCAGCGCCACACUCUUCUACAUUGUCAAAGGACGCGAUCGUUCAAAGUUUGGCACGCUGCUGCGCAAUCACAUUAUAAGAACCCUGCUCAAUGGCAUGGAGGUACAUCUAACAGAUGACACAAUGCUGCGAAAUGGCUAUCUAACGCUGACACAGUUUCACAUGCCUGUCGAUGUGCUUUUUGAGUAUGAACGGCUUAUUAAGAUAUUGCUGCAUGGCGUCUCAAAAACGGAGCAGGAAGGCUUUGUGCAACGCAUGGCCAUCUAUUUGCUAAACACGCUCGCCUGUCAGGUGGAUGGCAGACAGAAGCUAUUUCUAGGCGAGCUGGGCGUGGUCAGCACAAUGCUGACACUCAUCAAGGAUCGGCUAACACGCUCAGUUUUUGACGAUGUCAUGGAGGUGGCGUGGUCGACCAUGUGGAAUGUAACCGAUGAGACUGCUAUUAAUUGUAAGAGAUUUCUGGACGGACGCGGCAUGGAGUAUUUUCUUAAGUGUUUAAAUACCUUUCCCGAUCGUGACGAGCUUUUGAGAAAUAUGAUGGGUCUAUUGGGAAAUGUGGCCGAGGUUAAAUGGCUUCGCCCCAAAUUGAUGACACAGGAGUUCAUUGAAGUGUUUGCUCGCCUGCUUGAUUCAUUGAGUGAUGGUAUCGAGGUGGGUCAGCUUGGUGGUGGAAGACUAGCCAAUGACAAUCCUAACCAACUGCGCUUCCAGGUCAGCUACAAUGCGGCUGGAGUGCUGGCGCACAUAGCAUCCGAUGGCGCCGAUGCGUGGACCAUUAAGACGCCAACACGACAAGAUGUUCUUGAACGCAUGGUCGCUGCCAUUCAACGUUGGAACAUCAAGAGCGAACGGAAUAUCAAUUAUCGCAGCUUUGAGCCGAUUUUGAGUCUGGUGCGCUGCUAUGAGACUCCCGAAUGCCAGCACUGGGCUGUCUGGGCGCUGGCCAAUCUCACCCAGGUCUAUCCGGAUAAGUAUUGCCAGCUGGUAGAACAGGAGAACGGCAUACAAAUCUUAACAGAACUAAUCGAGCACGAGAGUCCUUAUUGCGAAAUCAAGCGCAUAGCUCGCCUGGUCAUCGAACAGUGCGAUUUGGGCAUGGAGCGCAUGGUGGAGGGUUAGAUCAGAUCAGAGCCAAUUGCCAGUCGUCUAGAGUUACGAGUUCAAGUUUGUUGUACUGUUUUGUGUGUGUGUUUAAAAGGCAACAGAGCAAGUGUUAUAUUGUUCAGAUUCUUCCUCGAUUUUUUAUGUUAACUUCUGCAAAAGAAACAAGAACUAAAAGAAAGAAAACAUUUUUAAAAUAUGGGAGUAAUUUAGCAACGCGUGUUUAACAGAGAAUUAGGUAAAAUAAAAAUGAAACGCUAAAUAUAUCUAUUAUAAUAAAUAUAAUAGUAUAUAGCUAUAUAUCAUGUUGUAAGCAAACGAGCGAUUUUUUUUAAGACCAGAUUAAGGCCCUGUCGGAAAAAUUGUAAAUAUUGUUAACGAAAAAAGAAAGAAAGAAAGAGAUAAGGAAAAGGCAAACGAUGUAGUUGCAUAUUAAAAGAAGAACUUUAAUUGACUAAUGCCAUGAACCGGGAGUCUUUCGUAUAUCUGAAUAUGUGGGUAUUUUAGCUAUUGAA